AUGAGCGAUGAACAUUCUAGCUAUGGAAUACCGUGGAACAAACUACAAUUGACCAAUCUUGAUACACUGGGGUUCACGGUGGAGGAAUGUGAGCCUCUUACGGGACUAAAUGUCGAGAACGUUGUGAACUCAGAAGCAGUAACUCCAUUAAUGCUGAUGGCCAAUGACAGCACCACGCUGUUUAGCACUAUACAUAACACAGCCUCACAUGAGAACCAUUUGAAGCCAGUGGCACUGAACAUGUUCCUACAGCCAACAGAAAGUGCUUCCUCCUCGGCUUGUGAGACUUUUGGUGACAGUCAAUGGAACAGUCCUAUCUCAGAAGAACAAGAAGAAUUACUGAACCUUCUAAAAGGUUUGAGGCUGAGAGAAAGGAAGCAUAGAAGUACAAAUUUAGAUACUAAGUCGCUACAAAUAUCUUUCCUUAAGUUAUCUGUUUACAAGCAAUAUGCUAAAUUCCUUCAAGAGGAACAACAAGACCAGACGGAUUUUGAUCAGGAAUCAAAAUUCAUAUCAAAGUUUAUUUAUCCAGAGAAGUCUUCUAAUGGGGAUCUGUUCCAUUGUAAAUUGAAGCAUUUCUUUAUUUUUUCACAUGCUGGUAAACCUAUUUAUUCUCUUAAUGGGUCUGAUGAUGUCAUUGUGGGGUAUAUGGGACUUCUAACUACUGUCAUAUCGUCAUUUGAUAGUGAGGUACAUUCUUUAAAAUUUGGAAAUGAUAUGCAAAUGUGUAUCUUGAAUAAAGAACCUUUGAUCUUUGUGGCUAUCCUGAAACUCUCAACAGAGUUUAAGUCAAACCUCAUAGCAAUACAAUUGAACGUUUUGUAUGAUUAUUUGCUCUCUAUAUUAUCAUUGACAACCAUAAAUAAAAGCUUUGCCAAUAGAAUGAACUACGAUCUCAGGAAAGUCUUGAACCCUCUUGAUUAUUACAAUUUGGAUAGUCUUGCCUUGAAGCUCACAUAUGGCCUUGCCCCAGAAAAGGAUCUGGUCCAACUAGACAACGGCCUUAACUUUUUUAUCAGUGUUUUGCUAGACAGAUCCAUUGAAUGUGCUAUAUUGAGAAAUACAACCAGACAAAGAUUGAACUCAAUUUUGCUCUCGUGUAAGAGAGUGAAACAACGUGGAGACUCAUCAAAAAGCCAUAACAGUGAUACCUCAUCUAUACUUUCUUACUUCUCGAACAACGAACGAGAGCACCUGCGAUUUUUAGGUUCAGAUUUACUUUUUGCAUAUAUUAUUGAUGGAAAAGGGAGAUUAUUGUCGAAGUUAAGAACAAACCCCCAUUGCUUGGGUUCAAAAGAUUUAUUGUUGUUGUUUUCAACUAUAAACUCCACAUUGGCAUACAAUUCGUCGAAUACCGGUGAAGAUUAUUGGAUGCCGUUGUGUAUGCCACAUUUCAAUUCCAACGGUUUUCUUUAUGUUUUUAUCAAGUCAAUUGAUCUAGCAGACUUUGUGAAAGUAGAUGGAAAUUAUGUGGAAAGGACUCCUUUGUCAAUAGUUCUUGUAAGUGGAAAUAAGAAUAGCUUCUUUGAAAUGCAGAAGUUAUCCAACUACAUCAUUCAUAUGAUAGCCAAGAAAGAGUCUUUCCGUAACAGUUUAGCCAAUGAGUUGAAUUUCUCGUAUGACAAACCAAGCUCAACCAAAGAUAGUGUUUCGUCUCCAUUAUUACCCCCGUGUCCAGUUCUGUUAGACCAUUUUAUAUUUCGUCUGAAGGAUUUAGAGCAAUUUGCAAUGGUGCAACAUCAAGGAGAUCCCAAUGUUUUGAAGUAUGCCUUUUUCUACACUCAACUUUGCACUAACGAAUCAACUAUUGUUAACAAAGUAAACAAAAAACUCACGAUAAUUAAAUGGCAAGAAGGACUGAGUGAUGCAGUUGUUGGAUUCCGUCUUUGCGACGAUAAACAUGAGUUCUAUGCGUUAUAUUCUCAAUUCCAAGAGAAUGAAUCACCUCUCGAUAUAACAAACGACAGUUCGAAAUUAAUUAAAUGGUGUGAGAAAUACAGUAAGCGAUUAUGGGUUGGUGAGGGUGCUGUACAUUGA